UGAUGAUGGGUAAUUAACGGGGAAACCAAAAGACCUUAUUUCGUUCGUGCCGAUGGCGAUCCUUUAUGCAUGCCAUUUCCCUCUCUGAAGUUCCGACCAGGCGGUGAUAUCGGAGCCGGAGACGCCGGAGACGGCGGUGUUAGGGUUCCGGCAUGGCGGCGAAGAAGGCGUGCGAGGCGUUUCCGAAGAGCUUGAUCGAGGAUGUGCACAGAUGGGGUUGCAUGAAGCAGACGGGUGUGAGCUUAAGGUACAUGAUGGAGUUUGGUUCGAGACCCACCGAGAGAAACCUAUUGAUUUCGGCUCAGUUCCUCCACAAGGAGCUCCCGAUUCGGAUCGCGAGGAGAGCGAUCGAGCUUGAGAGCCUUCCGUACGGUUUAUCCGAGAAACCCGCCAUUUUGAAGGUGCGGGAUUGGUACGUAGACUCGUUCAGGGACAUGAGGGUGUUUCCGGAGAUAAAGGAUGCAAGUGACGAGAAGGAAUUCACUCAAAUGAUCAAGGCCAUCAAGGUGAGGCACAACAAUGUGGUUCCGAUGAUGGCAUUAGGCGUCAAUCAGCUGAAGAAAGGAUUGGGUCCCAAGAUUGUCUACAAGGAUUUUGACGAGAUUCAUCAGUUUCUUGAUCGUUUUUACUUGUCAAGAAUAGGGAUUCGGAUGCUUAUAGGGCAGCAUGUCGAGUUACACAAUCCAAACCCGCCACCUCAUACCGUUGGUUGCAUACACACUAAAAUGUCUCCCAUGGAAGUAGCAAGGAAUGCCAGUGAAGAUGCCCGGGCAAUUUGUUUCAGAGAGUAUGGAAGUGCACCCGAGAUAAACAUUUACGGAGAUCCAACUUUUACCUUUCCGUACGUUCCUACCCAUUUGCAUCUCAUGGUAUACGAGCUUGUGAAGAACUCGCUACGUGCAGUCCAGGAACGGUUCAUGGACUCUGAUAGAGUUGCGCCACCUAUACGCAUAAUAGUCGCAGAUGGAAUUGAGGAUGUCACAAUAAAAGUAUCUGACGAAGGUGGAGGCAUACGAAGAAGCGGUCUCCCCAAAAUCUUCACUUACCUUUACAGUACGGCAACAAACCACCUGGACGAGAAUAUCGAUCUUGGCACAGCCGAUGUCCCCGUGACAAUGGCUGGUUACGGGUAUGGUCUCCCGAUCAGCCGCUUGUACGCUCGGUACUUUGGAGGGGAUCUCCAGAUCAUAUCCAUGGAAGGAUACGGGACUGAUGCUUAUCUCCAUUUGUCACGCUUGGGAGAUUCACUGGAGGCUUUGUCUUGAUCCCCUCUCUCUCUCUCUCUCGGGCAUAUACAUGCAUACAUACAUACAUGCAUACAUACAUACAUGUCCAUGGUUGGGCAGUUAAGUUAUGUCAGCAUGAGUUGAAUAGGUUUCUCAGUUUGGUCAUCAUGUAUAAUUCGCUGUGUUUGCUUUCAGUUUUCGUUCAGAUUUGAGGUUACAUAUUCCUUUCAA